AUGACGGGCAAGAUCACUCUCAAAUGGCAGCGCAUUGCCUCGUCCGACGACCUUCGACGGUCCUCGCAAACGAUCGGCGUCGCAAACGGGCGACUUGAUGUCUUUGGCGGCGAACUCAAGCCGAGAGAGCCCGUCGACAACAAGCUGUAUCAUGUUGAUCUCCAGGCUCAGUCGGCCGUCACCGUAUCCGAGCCGAUGGGCGACUCGCCUGCUCCGCGCGUGGGUUCCGCGUCAACAACUCUCGGGGGCACGAUGUACCUGUUUUCUGGCCGCGGCAACGUCGCCAUGGCGCCCAUUGACGAGCAAGGCAAGCUGUGGGCGUGCGCGGGCGGCAACAACUGGCAGUGUCUCGAGCCGUCAGACCCGUCCAAGCCCGUCCCUCCGCCUCGAUCGUACCACGCUAUGGCAAACGAUGGUCGCGACGCCAUUUACGUCCACGCAGGCUGUUCCGAGAGUGGCCGUCUGAACGACCUGUGGGCCUUUGUGGUCAGCGGCAGACGAUGGGUACAGCUCGCGUCCGCGCCCGGCAGCGAGCGUGGUGGCACGAGCAUCGCGUUUUGCGCCAGCGAAGACGCCCUCUACCGUCUCAACGGCUUCGACGGCAAAUCGGAAAUCGGCGGCACCGUCGACGUGUACAACCCCGUGAACAACCAUUGGACCUCGAAGGAGUACAAUGCGGACGGCGUGGAGGGGCCGGUGCCGAGGAGCGUCAGUACUUUGCUCUGUCUGGACGUAGGCGGCAAGAGCUGGCUGGUCACGGCAUUUGGCGAGCGCGAUCCCAGUUCGCUGGGGCAUCAGGGCGCUGGAAAGAUGCUGUCAGACGUGUGGGCAUACGACAUCAAAGAGCACCAGUGGUUCAAGGUUGAGGCUGAGGGAGGAGACGAGGCGCCGGAGCCGAGAGGAUGGUUCGCCGCCGACGUUCUUGGUACAGAUACCAUAGUCGUGCAUGGCGGCCUUGCAGAGGAUAACUCACGCCUCGGUGACGUGUGGUUGGGCAGGCUGAGAGUCGAGUAG